CUCUAUGUUUGUUAUGGGCGGAGCCUGUUGCCUGGGUUCAAAUGCAUAUGCGUCUUGUGGGCGGGGUCAACAGGGUGUUCCAGGACAGGUGCAAGAGGCCAUUUUAUUCACUUCAGUGUUUUUACAUCAGCGCGCGCGCGACUCUCCACUGACGGACGUAAAAUCAUGAGGAUUUAAAUCUAUUCUGGAUAAAUCCACUGAGAUUGUGAUUAACAUGAAGAAAGGACAUCUGAACUUCUUGAGUCGGAAGAAUCGAAGUCUGUUCGACACUAAUGUGGAAGUCAAGGAAAUUGAUCACGUGGACCUGAUGUUGGACUCGGCCACCAUUCCAGAGUCAGGAACCGCCAAAGUUCGUUCACGGCCGACGGUCAAACACUUCAUGUCCAAUGAUUCCCUCCAAGGCUUUGCAGUUCCGACUCCCAAAGUUCCACUUUUGCCGCCCUUCAUUGAACCUACAGUGAACGGGACAGGAAGCCCCAGAAUCCUACAAAAUAGACAAAAGCUUUCUGCCUACGACAUGAGUGAGGGGGAAUUAUUUGUACCCCCUCCGCCCAUCUCCGCUCCUCCACCCCCUCCGCCCUCUUCAGUAGCCCAGCGCCCUCCAUCGUUCAUCCCCCCACCUCCCCCGAGUCACAGUGAAAGCAUUGCAUUCAUAGACACAGCAAGUUUGCAGCCACCUCCCAUGAAGCCCCCUAAACCUCCGUCACAUAACGGCUCUGAUUACAAUGAUGAGUUAGACCUGGCCUCUCUCAGACCUCCUCCAAUGGCACCUCCCAAACCUCCAUCGGACACAUCCAGCUUCAGAGGUUCUGUCUCCAACCUCAGAGGUUCCGUUUCCAGCCUUAGAGGUUCCGUUUCCAGCCUUAGAGGUCCCAUCUCCAGCCUCAGAGGUUCCGUCUCCAGCCUCAGAGGUUCCGUCUCCAGCAUGGAUAACGAUGAGAUCCCAGAUUGUCCUAAAUUCAACCCGCCACCACCACCUUCCUCUGUGGUUAAACCUCCACCCGUCCUUGCCAAAACCCAGAAAAUGCCUCCUCUGAAACCCACCCGCAUGUCCUCCAUACCCAAUAUUGACAUCCAGUCCAGAUCGCCCACACCCCCACUUGCCUCUACUCUAACGCCUUCCAGCUUCAACCCUCAUAACACAGCUAAAAUCUACCACAUGCCAAAAGGAACUGUACUCACCGGGCAGGUUGACAGGGAGAAGCGAGUCCAGUCCAUUCUGUUACUGGAAGACUCCACUGGGAACCCCGUUGGGGUUCAUGUCAACGGGAACAGUGGUGGAUCUCUCAAAGAAGUCCAGUCGGUGGCACCCGUCAAACCGGCACGUCGUGGGAGCAACGCCGCUCAGCUGGAGAAUGUCAUUCCAGACAGUUUCCAGAUACAAGCUCCAAGUCAACCAACCAAGCAAGAAGCGACGAUCAAUCCGGAACCCGAGGCUACAACACCUAUGCAUUUCUCACCUAAAAUAGAGAAAAAGCCUUAUGUUAGCCAGGUGAGGACUCAGGUGGACAUACCUGGCAGGUCUCACAGGUACAGCCCGAUCCUGAACCACCGACACCUGAAGACACGUGGGCUGGAGAGCUCGGGGAAGAAGAGUGAAACAUCCACCUCACCGUUCGCUAUGUUGAUGGCCUCUAAAGAAAGAGAAAAGCAGAAGAACAAUCUGUCCCGACAGAACAGCAGUUCCUAUGAGCACCAGGCUUCUGCCAUCCAACCUAACGUAGAGAAACCAAACUCCUUCACAAUCAUUCCUCAAGACCUGUCAGAGAGAGCCAGUGUAGAAUUCAAGCCGACAAUAAACACGCAACCGGUCGUCCCGCUGUCUACUAAAGUUGACGUCCAUAAUGACCUUACUCUAAGUCAGUGCUAAGCUCCACCCCUCGGCUAAACCCUACCCCCAUGAACAGCUCAGCAGGGAUAAAACAUAUUCCUGCCCGAGAUGAGGAAAACGGUGAAGAGGUGUUGUUUAUCCCACCACCUCCCGAGUUUGCGAACUUUGACCCAGAGGACGAACCCCCAGCUCUCCCUCCCGCUCAUCCCGCACCUGCCCCCCCUUUACAAUCCACGCCUCCUUCCUUUAAACCGCCAAUACCUCCACCAGUAACCAACGGUCCCCUGAUCACCCCCAAACCUAAACCGCUCACCUGUCCUCCUAAAGCCCCAUGCCCUCCUCCAGCUAUCCUACCCAAACCGCCCGUUCAAUUCAAAUACGCCCCACCGCCGGUCCAGGCCCCCCCACCUGCCACGGCCAGCCAGACGACGCUGCUUAGUAUCCUGCAGAAGAAGAUGCUGGAGAUGGACCCCAAGUUCUCAGCAGUGAAAGAUGCAGAUGUCAACGACGACUGGAACUCUGCGCUUGAUGACGAAGGAACGGCGCCGUUUGUAGUGUCCAAACCUCUCCAAACCCGCAGUACCGCCCCGCCAGCGAGACCUAAGGGUCUGUACAUGAAGGAGCUGGAGAACAAAACAGCCAAAAAGGCUCAAGAUUUUUCAAGUUCAUCUAGAUCAAGCAACGGAUCUUCAAGCAAACAGUCGUUUGGAAUGACGUUCAUAGUGAGACCCGGAAGCAAACAGCCAAUAACACCAGUAAUGAAAAACUGAACUGGAUUCGUUCCAGACAAACGUGCCUUACCUGUACAAACACCUUCCUGACACAUGGGAUUGUUUCACUUUAUUCCCAGCUAACGUUCUCUGAAAGUUAACAUUUCUGCAGUAACGUUAAAAGAGAAUUUGAUUUGCAUUACGUUGUUGCUAAACGUUUGAAAAGAACGUUGAUUUUGAUUCUUACAUUGUUAGCGAGCAUUUAAAACAUUCAGAAACGUUUUUUGUUUGCUGCUUUUUCGCUGUUGUUAAAGUAUUACUGUCACUGUUGGUUGUUGGAAGGUUGUCUGAACGUUUGCUCACAUCAAAGAUUUCGAACACGAGCGGUAUACUGAGACCUUUUCAUAAACUGUGUCUGUCUACAUAUGUAUAUAUAUAUAAGAUAAACUACGCACAAACUCACAAUAAUGACAUUUUAAUGUCAACUGAAAGAUUUCAUUGUAAUUAGUUUUAGGGGUCGCAGGCUAUGCCAAACAAUCAAGGAUGUCAACGUUCUCAAUUCUAACCUUGUGUGAUAUUAUCGAAUGUUUUCAGUUGUUACGGCUCUCGAUGCGACACGUUUUUUGUGCUGGUGCUGGAUGAUUCCUGGAAAAACACAACGUAACAAAUCUGAAGAUUUGACGAUGUUUAGUAAGCGCUGUUAUAGAUUUGUCCAAUAAUUAGAGUAAACAUAGAUGCCUUUCAUUUCUGCUGCUUUUUGUAGCGAUACAUGUUCAAACAAAGAACCUUCAAAAGGAUUUGUUUAAGAUUUCAUUGAUGUAGAAAUCUAUGUUUGUUAUCCCAGAUAAAAAGAGACGGUUAAUACUUGUGUUAAGAAUAUACUUGUAAAUAAAGAAUACUUAUUAUUUUAUUAUAA